AUGAAAGCCUGGCUCUACACGAGCACCACUGGAGGCCUCGAGAAAAACCUCCAGCUCAGCACCUCCGCCCGCACCCCCGGCCCACCCGGCCACGACCAACUGCUCAUCAAGGUGCUCUCAGCCUCCAUCAACCCAGCCGACUACAAAGUCCCCGAAAUGCCCGUCGUACCCCGGUUUUUUGUCGCUUACCCCGCCACCCCGGGAAUGGACUUUUGCGGGCAGGUAGUAACCGCCGGCCCCGGCGCCACAGCCUUCCAACCAGGCCAGCUCGUCUACGGCACCACCGCUGCCCCCACGCAGUUCGGCUCGCUGGGCGAGUACCUCCUCUGCAAGACGGCGAAUGUAGCUCUCCUGCCGGACGGGGUGGCGCCCGACCACGCGGCCACGGUAGGCGUCGCCGCGCAGACGGCGUACCAGUCUAUCGCACCGUAUGUCUCCCCCGGCGACAAGGUGUUCAUCAACGGGGGUUCGGGCGGGUGCGGGAUCUUCGCGAUCCAGGUUGCCAAGGCGCUGGGUUGUACUGUCACGACGACCUGUUCGACGCGCAAUGUGCAGUUCUGUCGGGAUUUAGGGGCCGACGAGGUGAUUGACUAUACCCAGGAAGAUGUGCUGGGUAUCCUCCGUGCCCAGGGGCCCGUGUAUGCGCAUGUUGUCGAUCAUAUCGGCUUGCCUGACGAGCUAUACUCGCAGUCGGACGCGUUCUUGCUUCCGGGGAAGGCGUUUGUGCAGGUUGGUGCGGCGUCGAUGCUUACGUUUGUGCGGCGGGUGGCGUGGCCUGGGUUUCUGGGGGGUGGGAAGAGGAAGUAUGUGAUUUUUAUGCUGAAGAGCAACAAGACUGAUAUUGCGACGCUGGGGGAGUGGAUGCAGCAGGGGAAGUUGCGGGUGGAGGUCGACAGCACGUAUGAGCUGGAGGAUGCGGUCAAGGCCUUUGAGAAGUUGAGGUCCGGGAGAGCAAGAGGGAAGAUUAUCAUUCAUGUUUCUACUUGA